AUGCAUUUCAGUGCCAAAAAACAGAAGUUGAUCACCAUCACAAAUAAAUCAAAUAUCCUGCUCGAUGCAGAGUCCAAAGAGGCCGUCGGAAGCGUGUCUCUCAGCUUCGAUCGUUCUUCAAAUGGAAACGAAGAAGAUGAUAUCUACUAUGUUGGCAUGUAUUAUGUACGUCCGGAAUGGCGAACUACUGGCUUAGGGACAGUUUUAUUUGAAAAAGUUAUGGAAAUAGGCAAACAUGCAAACAUGGCUCUGAAUGCAGAAGGCGUUUCAGUGAUGAGAAUGUCACCGAAAUACGCGACAAAGUACGGAUUCGAUAAAAUGCCCAACUACGCACACGAUUUUGUGUCAAUCCCCAUUGAACAUCUCGUACUUCCUCGAGUCGACUCUCAAUACGUUCUGAAGGAGUUGAGAGAAGUUGACGAAGCGAAGUUGGUCGCCUACGAUGUCAGUAUUUCUCAUCGAAGUCGAACAAAAUACCUAAUGAAUUUUAUCUCUACUGACGACUGCUUUACGAAGGCAAGCGCAAUAGCCUUGAAUAGUAGUGGUGAUGUAGUCGGAAUUGGCUGCAUUCGUAUUACCUACUCUAAUGAACUCUGUGCUGGACCGUUUUAUGCAGAAAAUCGGGCUGUGGCUGAGUCACUUUUAUCCGGAAUUCUAUCGGCCAUUCCUCACAUCGAGAAGUAUAAGACAUUUGGAGCUCUUUACCCAGCGAUCAACGUUGAAGCUGCAAGUGUUUACGAAGCGCUCGGCGGCGGCCACGCUAAAAUCGGCCCCUUUACUCAAUGCCAGUUCACCAAGAGGAUCUUCCCGACGUCAGAUGACAAGGUGUAUGCAAUGAUCGAUUGUGCAUGCAGUGCUGUUUGA